AUGAGUGAAGAUAACGAUUUAUUCAUUAAUCUGGCUACUCCGGAUCAGCAGAUUUCAAACUCUUCUAAUUCUAUGAACAAGGUUUCCGGUGGGAGAUGGAAGGAUAGAAGAAAGCUGAGAAUGCUAAUGGAUAAUAGACCAAAAAGAGAUAAAAGGUCUUAUGACAAUGAAGAAGUAGAAGGUUCUUUCAACCGAAAGGACAAAAAGGCUAAGAAACAGGAUAAAAUUAAUGAUAAUCCAGCAGUCACAAAUGCUCAUACCAAACAAAUUGACCAGAGACUAUCACAAAAUAAAAAAGGUAAUCCAGUUAAUGUCGAUAGUCAAAUUGUUUCUUCAUUAUUUACUUCUAACAGAGAAAUUACUACUUCGGAAAAUACAAACAAACACGAUAAGAAUGCAGAAGUAGUAGCGUCAAAUGCUCCAUUAGCGGCUAAUACAUUUGCUGAUCUAGGUAUCGAAGAACCAUUACUGUCAUACUUAUCAACUAAAAUGAAUAUUGAGAAACCUACCUCCAUUCAAAAAUUGGUUAUUCCUCAUCUUUCUUCUGUUGCAAACGAUAAUGAUUUGUUUAUUCACGCCCAAACAGGUUCCGGUAAAACUCUAGCAUAUCUACUACCGAUACUUUCUUCAGUCCUUAACAUGAAAACACAUGUUGACCGAAAAUCAGGAUCUUUUGCAUUGAUCAUUGCACCAACAAGAGAAUUGGCUUCACAAAUUUAUGAUGUUGCAACUAAUCUAACAAAUUGUUGCAGGUAUUUAGUACCAUGUUUAUUAAUUGGUGGUGAGAGGAAAAAAUCAGAAAAGGCAAGAUUACGUAAAGGUUGUAACCUUAUCAUUGGUACACCUGGUCGUAUUUUAGAUCAUUUGCAAAAUACACAAGUAAUUAAAGAACAAAUGGCUUCUUCUUUAAGAUAUGUUAUUCUUGAUGAGGGUGACAAAUUAAUGGAAUUAGGAUUUGAAGAAACCCUGCGUAAUAUCUUUGAAAUUAUCCACAAUAUCCCAAUUGAUACUGACACAUUCCCAAAAUUACCUUCAAGAAUUAUGCAUGUCCUGUGUAGUGCAACAUUAAAGGAGAAUGUUAAACAACUAGGAAAUGUGACACUAAAAAAUUAUAGAUUAAUUUCAAAUUCUCAAAAGGGUAGUAAAACAAAUGAUGAAUCUGUUAUAACAGCUGUUCCAGACCAAUUACUCCAAAACAUCACAAUAGUACCACCAAAAUUAAGAUUAGUUACAUUGGCUGCAGUACUAAAUAACAUUACCGUAAAACAUAUGAAGGAAGAUGAUGGUACUUAUCGUACUAUGAUUUUCUUAUCAUGUGCUGAUAGUGUCGAUUUCCAUUUUGAAGCAUUCUCAUCAAUGGAUUCUCGUCAUAAAGAUCUAGUAGAGGGCGCUGUAAGAUUGUUAACAAAAGGAAGUUCUGUCUUCCCAUGUUUCAAGGAAGAUGAAGAACCAAAUGUUAUUUUUUAUAAAUUACAUGGUUCAUUAUCCCAACAGGUCAGAAGUUCCACUUUAAAACAUUUUGCAUCUAAUAAAGAUGCUACUAAAGGAAAGCACUUGGUCUUAUUUUGUACCGAUGUUGCAAGUAGAGGUUUAGAUUUACCACAUGUGGGUACCGUCAUUGAGCUUGAUCCUCCAUUUAAUGUCGAAGACCAUCUUCAUAGAAUCGGUCGUACUGCCCGUGCAGGUAGAACAGGUGAAAGUAUAUUAUUUUUAAUGCCAGGAGAGGAAGAAGGUUAUAUGGAUGUCAUUAAACCUUACCAUAAAAUGGGUUGGACUUUAUUGAAAUUCGAUAAGGAUAUAUUGAUGCCAGCAUUCAGUGAAACCAACGUUGGAAGAAAUGACAUGAAAGAGAGAAAGAAAAAGGACAUUGAUCUGGAAUGGGAUACAAAUGCAACAACAUGGCACUUGAAUGUCGAAAGAAGAAUUCUGGAAGAUUCCGAAUUUAAGGAUGUUGCUUCUAAGGGUUAUAGCAGCCAUAUCAGAGCUUACACAACCCAUAUUGCAAGUGAAAAAGCCAUAUUUAAUGUAAAAUUUAUUCAUUUGGGUCAUCUAGCCAAAAGUUUUGGUUUACGUGAAAAACCUAAAACUAUGGGUAUUCAAACUAGCAAGCAACAAAAGGAAAUUGGUGAAUCAAAGAAAUCGAAAGAAGGUAACAAGAACAAGAUGUGGCGUAUUGCACGUAUGACUGCCAAAGACACGGCUAAUGAAUUUAAUUAUUAA